UCCAGGCGGCGCGGCGGGGGUCAGCCCGCAGGGAGCACCUGGGGGUAGGGCCCAGGUCUCCUGACCCGCCCCCGGGGCGGCCGGGCUCAGCUGCACGACCCCGCCCCUGCGCGGUCAUUGGCUGCGGCGGUGGGGGGCCGGGCCUCAGUGGCUGCACAGCCCAUGGGGUGGCGGAGGCGGGGCGGGAGCCGAGCGCCCGGGAUGCCGCCGCCGCCGCCGCCGCCGCGGGACAGGUUCGGGUCCUGGUCCGGCUGGGCGCGCGCGGGGUAAGGGACGGCUCGGGGGCGCGGCGGCCGCAGCGUGAGCGCAUCGAGCGCCUGCUCGCCAUGUCCAGGAAGAAGACCUCCAAAAGCAAAGGGGCCAGCGUGGCGGCUGCCUCCGCAGUGCCCGCCACCAACGGGCCGCGGCCGGCGCGCCCUGGGACCGCACGCCCGGGUCCCAAGGCGCCGCCCAAUGGGCCCCCGCAGCCCGGCCGGCCCUCGGUGGGCGGCGGUGGCGACUUCUACGACGUCGCCUUCAAGGUGAUGCUGGUGGGGGACUCGGGCGUGGGGAAGACCUGCCUGCUCGUGCGCUUCAAGGACGGAGCCUUCCUGGCCGGGUCCUUCAUCUCCACCGUCGGCAUCGACUUCCGGAACAAAGCCCUGGACGUGGACGGCACCAAGGUGAAGCUGCAGAUCUGGGACACUGCCGGCCAGGAGCGCUUCCGCAGCGUCACUCACGCCUACUACCGAGACGCCCAUGCGCUGCUUUUGCUCUAUGACAUCACCAACAAGGCCUCCUUCAACAACAUCCAGGCCUGGCUGGCCGAGAUCCGGGAGCACGCCCAGCACGACGUGGUGCUCAUGCUGCUGGCCAACAAGGUGGACUCUGCCCAUGAGCGUGUGGUGAAGAGGGAGGACGGGGAGAAGCUGGCCAAGGUGAGUGAGGUCAGGGCAGGGCAGGGGCGAGGCGCCGGGCAGGCCGAGCGUCCAGGCCGCCCCCCAGGCCACCGCCCGCUGUUUGCAGGAGUACGGGCUGCCCUUCAUGGAGACCAGCGCCAAGACCGGCCUCAACGUGGACUUGGCCUUCAGGGCCAUUGCCAAGGAGCUGAGGCAGCGCUGCAUGAAGAUGCCCGGCGAGCCGCGCUUCCGGCUGCACGACUACGUCAGGAGGGAGGGGCGCGGGGCCUCCUGCUGCAGACCCUGACCCCGACUUAGCCGCCGAGCUCCCGGAAGGCCGCACGGGCUCACCACGCGGGGCCAUCGCUUCCGGGACCGGGCUUCCACGCGGGAGGGUCUCGGAGUGCCCGGCGCCCCGCGCGCGCCACGGCCGGCACAGGCGACGACGUGCGGGGCCCCGCCGGGCAGGUGUGCAGCCCCCCGCCGCUCUGUGGAGCGCACACCUGUCCCCAGCCCCAGCGAAUAAAGCGGUUUUCUGCA